GAUGCACGCUCCAUUGGCUCCACAUCUCCCCAUAACCGCGGGCAUAUGUACAAGAAGAUUUCUCAUCCAUAACUCCACAAGAAUCCAACACUGCCAAUCUCUGCAUUUCCACUCAUCUCUUGGAAUUGGCAUUUACUAGUCAGCUUCAAUAAUUGUGAGUAUCUACCCAUAGAUCUAUGCUGUCUGCAAUGGCUUCUCCCGGAUGAUUUGAUUUUAGCAGUUUUAGAACCAGUGAAAAACAUGGGUUUCCAAGAAUCAGUGAUUGCCCAUUGUUGAACAUGCGUUUUGGUGAUCUAUCUGUAUAAUUUUGUAUCUGGGUCGAGCCAAACAUCGGUUUUUUUUGAAAGAAAUCGUAUGAUUUAUUUGUGUGUGUGUUGAUCUUAGUGUCAAAAGCUUCAAUUUGAGGGAAGGAAAGGUGUUUGAUAUAAUGAUUAGCUGAAUGGUUCUGCUUGGUCAUCCUCUAUAUUGCUAAUCAUCUAUUGCUCCUUUUGAUUUUGCUUGAUCCAUACAUCUGUUUAAUUUUUUUCUAUGGGGAUGGAAGUUAUUGAUAUUUUCAUGGACAAGGAACUUGAUAGUGUAUUUCUAAAGGACCCCAAUGGUAUUUCACAAGAUAUGAGUAGAAAUCAAGAGGUGGAUCAUGAGCAUGCCAGUGUGGAAGGAGAAAUCUGUGUUUCUGCAGAGAUUUCUGAAGGAAAAGAUUAUGAAGUGAAGGAGUGCACUGCUGAUAUGUCAAUUUCGAUCUCUAGAUCUAAAAAAGCUGAAGACAUCAAGGAUCUUGACUCCAAUGGUAAGAAAGAUGCGGAUAUUAACAUGAAAUCAAAAACUUCUACAAAAGCUGCAACCAAACCGGUUUCAGGAAACUACAAAACGAUGCGCACAGUUCCUCAUCCAUUUGCUCUGGCAACUGAAAAGCGUGCUUUCAAUGGAACUCGGCUUGUUGGGAAUGAAAUAUCUCAGACAAACAAUUUGCAACUCCCAGCGGGUUCCAAGCAAAAUCAGUUAGCCUUGCCAGUGGCAACAAGAAAGACAUUGCAGCCUGACAACAAGAAGCAUCCGGAUGAUGAUGAUUCUUGCUCUGUUUCUUCUAUACCCAGUACAUUGGCAAGAAGGCCUAAGACAAAUGUUGCGCCAGUGCCAGUAUUUAGAUGCACCAAACGUGCAGAGAGAAGAAAGGAGUUUCACUUGAAGUUGGAAGAGAAACAUCAAGCUCUGGAGACUGAGAAAAGUCAGUGGGAGGCAAGAACAAAGGAAGAAACUGAAGCAGCUAUAAAGCAACUAAGGAAAAGUUUGGCAUUUAAGGCAAACCCCAUGCCAAGCUUCUACCAUGAAGGACCACCACCCAAGAUUGAACUAAAGAAGCCCCCGCCAACUCGUGCAAAAUCACCCAAGUUGGGAAGAAGAAAGAGCCGCGGUGAUGCAGUCAGUUCAGAGAAAAUGAGUAGAAAUGAUCGCCAGAACGACACUUCGAAUUUAACAUUUGAAGAUAAACCCACUCACAAACUGUGAGUUCUCUCCUUAAAAUCUCUUUGUUGUGGUGCUCUGGUUGUUAUGUGAAUGAAGUUUUUGACCUUCAUCUGAAGUGGUCUUUGUAUGUCAAUCUAUGCAAGUGUAUAUUUCUGUUUUAAACUUUGCUUAUAUAGAGAGUGUGUGCAGUGAGAAAUUCACUCUGUUGUACUUUAUUCAUUUCUCUGUAAAAAGUAAAAACUCUCAACACCAGCUGUAAUGCAGUAUAUAUAUACUCUGAAAUUUAUUGACUCAUAUAUUUGAAAUUGAGAAUAAAGUGGCAUUUUUCCA